AUGGAGAAAUAUUUCAAAAGAAAGCUACCACUAGAAUCUGAAGUCACUCCAUUAGUCUCUUCUAAUAAAAAGAAGUUCUUAGAAUUCAAUGUGAAAAGUCUGGUAGCUGAUCCUGGACAACGACCCAAAAUUUCAAAUUAUGAUCCAAAUGUCAGAGAUGAAGUUAGACGAGCUUAUUUGCAAAAAGGUCCUUGUCAACCAAGAGAACAUGAUUUUCCACAAACAUAUUUUGAAACUUCUCUCCGUAGAUUUAAUGCUGAUUGGUUUGAUGAAUUUGGCAAUUGGUUGGAAUAUAGUAUUUCAAAAGAUGCUGUAUUUUGUCUCUGUUGCUAUCUUAUGAAACCUGAUGGUGUGAGUGGUGAUACUUUUGUAAAAGAGGGCUUUUCAAAUUGGAAAAAGAAGGAGCGAUUACAAACACAUAUUGGAAAUCAUGAUAGUGCUCAUAAUCAAGCUCGAAGAAAAUGCGAAGCACUCAUGAAGCAAAAACAACAUAUUGAAGUUGUUUUUCAAAAGCAUUCAGACCAAGCUAAAAGAGAUUACCGAACUCACUUGACAGCAACAAUUGAGUGCAUUAGGUUCUUAUUGCGACAAGGAUUGGCCUUUCGUGGUGAUGAUGAAUCGCACAAUUCAAAUAAUCAAGGUAACUUUUUGGAGCUUCUUGACUUUCUUGCUCAACAUAAUACAGAGAUUGAUCGUGUUUUCAAAAAUGCUCGUGGAAACCUUAAGCUAGUAGCACCUAAAAUUCAAAAAGAUAUUGUUAGAGCUGCUGCAAGUGAAACUACUAAAGUUAUUAUUGAUGAUCUUGGAGAUGAUUUAUUUGCUGUUUUAGUUGAUGAAGCUCAAGACAUUUCUGUUAAAGAGCAAAUGGAUGUUUGUUUUCGGUAUGUGAACAAAGAAGGGAUUGUAAUGGAGCGAUUUCUUGGCCUUGUCCAUGUUUCUAGCACAAAUGCGUUGUCGUUAAAAGUAGCUUUGGAAUCUUUAUUAACAAAGCAUAAUUUAAGUUUAGCAAGAAUACGUGGACAAGGUUACGAUGGAGCUACUAAUAUGCAGGGAGAAUUUAAUGGCUUAAAAAGUUUGAUCUUGAAAGAAAAUGCUUGUGCUUUUUAUGUUCAUUGUUUUGCUCACCAACUUCAAUUAGCACUUGUGGUUGUUGCAAAGAAACAGGUCGAAAUUGCACUACUUUUUAAUUUGCUUACUAGUUUGUGCAAUAUUGUUGGAGCUUCUUGUAAACGUAAAGACAUGCUUCGUGAAAGUCAAAUGCAAAAGACAAUUGUUGCAUUACAAAAUGGAGAUGUUUCUAGUGGGCGUGGCUUAAAUCAAGAAACAACAUUGAAAAGGGCAGAAGUUCUUGAAGUUAUUGAGGAAGAUGGAAAUAAUCCUGAACAAAGAGCUGAAGCAUGCCAAUUAUUGAAUCAUAUUCAAUCUUUUGAAUUUGUAUUCAAUUUACAUUUGAUGAAAAGUAUAUUAGGAGUUACUAAUGAGUUGUCUCAAACUCUACAAAGAAGUGAUCAAGACAUUAUAAAUGCUAUGACAUUGGUUAAAGUGUCCAAGCAACGAUUGCAAAGUAUAAGAGACGAUGGUUGGUCCUCUUUGCUCAACGAAGUUUUACUAUUUUGUGAUAGUCACAAUAUUCUUGCUCUAAAUAUGAAUGAUAUAUUUGUAACACAAGGAAGAUCAAGGCGCAAAAUCCAAAAGGUCUCAAACUUGCAUCAUUUUCAAGUUGAAUUAUUUUAUCAAGUGAUUGAUAGACAACUUCAAGAGCUUAACAAUCGUUUUACAGAGGUAAAUACCGAGCUACUUCUUUGUAUAGCUUGUUUGAAUCCAAGUGACUCAUUUUUUGCAUUUGAUAAGGAGAAGUUGCUUCGUUUAGCUGAAUUUUAUCCACAUGAAUUCUCUUCUACUCAACUUUUGGCACUUGAUAGUCAACUUGAGAAUUUUAUAUUGGAUAUGCGUCUUGAUGAUCAAUUCUCAAAUAUAAAUGGAAUCAGUGGACUAUCUCAAAAGUUAGUUGAGACAAAAAAGCAUAUUGUUUAUCCAUUGGUAUUUCUUCUGUUGAAAUUAGCUUUGAUUCUACCUGUGGCAACAACAUCAGUUGAGAGAACAUUUUCUACUAUGAAUAUCAUAAAGAGUCGACUUCGUAAUCGAAUGGGAGAUGAGUGGUUGAAUGAUUGUUUAGUUACAUAUAUAGAAAGAGAGACAUUCAAUCAAGUUGAUAAUGAAACAAUUAUUCAACAUUUUUAA